CCCCGAGCUCUGGCCCAGCUGCGCCUGCGCAGUGAAGGCAGCUGCGCCUGCGCAGUGAAGGCAGCCGCGCCCGCCUCCCAGCACCGAUGCGGAGAGACACUCGGAGGUCGGGCGUGGCUGCUGACGCGUGCGCACUGGCGUCAGUGGGUUUUCCCCGGGGGGAGGGGGUAGGAGUGUGGCCUAGUGCGCCUGCGCGGGUCCCGGGGAGAGCGGGCGACGGUUCCAGUCGGAGGGAAGCUUCGAGUUUGUCGUCGCCGUCGUCGCCACCCGGGUCGCAGAGCGAUUGAGGAGGGAAAUCGUUGCCGUCAUGGACGAGGAGUACGACGUGAUCGUGCUGGGCACCGGGCUGACGGAAUGUAUCCUUUCUGGAAUAAUGUCAGUAAAAGGCAAGAAGGUUCUUCACAUGGAUCGCAACUCGUACUAUGGGGGUGAAAGUGCAUCUAUAACCCCUUUGGAAGAUCUGUAUAAAAGAUUUAAUCUUCCUGGUUCACCACCAGAAUCCAUGGGCAGGGGAAGAGACUGGAACGUGGACCUGAUCCCAAAGUUUCUCAUGGCAAAUGGACAACUUGUGAAGAUGCUUCUAUAUACAGAGGUCACCCGUUACCUUGAUUUUAAGGUUGUUGAAGGCAGUUAUGUUUACAAAAAAGGCAAAAUCUACAAAGUUCCCUCAACUGAGACAGAAGCCUUGGCUUCCAGCUUGCUGAGCUUUAUGGAAAAAAAUAGAUAUAGGAAACUUCUGCAGCGUGUGGCUCUGUACGAUGAAAAUGAUCCUUCAACUUGGGAUGGUUUUGACCCCAAGAAAACAACAAUGAGAAACAUGUACGAGAAAUGCAAUUUGGGGAAGGAUGUCGUGGAUUUCACAGGCCAUGCCCUCGCCUUGUAUAGGACUGAUGACUACCUUGACCAACCUUGCCUUGAGACGAUAAACAGGAUUAAGCUUUAUAGCGAAUCGCUAGCUCGUUAUGGGAAAAGUCCAUACCUUUAUCCACUUUAUGGCCUUGGAGAGUUGCCUCAGGGCUUUGCCAGGUUAAGUGCCAUAUAUGGUGGGACCUAUAUGUUAAACAAGCCUAUUGAAGAGAUAGUAAUGGAAAAUGGUCGUGUGGUUGGAGUAAAGUCUGAAGGAGAGGUUGCACGAUGUAAGCAGCUGAUCUGUGACCCAAGUUACGUAUCUGACCGUGUGAAGAAAGUUGGCCAAGUGAUAAGGGUCAUCUGUAUCUUGGGCCACCCCAUUAAGACCAUAGCAGAUGUCAAUUCCUGUCAGAUCAUCAUUCCACAAAACCAGGUCAACAGAAAAUCUGACAUCUACAUCUGCAUGAUAUCUCAUGCUCACAAUGUAGCUGCUCAAGGAAAGUACAUUGCCAUCAUUAGCACAACAGUGGAGACCAGCGAACCUGAAAAAGAAAUUCAACCAGCAUUGAACCUUCUAGAGCCUGUGGAACAGAAAUUUGUUUGCAUCAGUGAUAUGUAUCUUCCAGUUGACAUGGGAACUGAAACACAGAUUUUCAUUUCAAGAACAUACGAUGCAACUACCCACUUUGAGACCACCUGUGAUGAUAUCAAAGAUAUUUACAGGAGGAUGACGGGGGCAGAUUUAGACUUUGAAGAAAUGAAGCGAAGACAGAAUGACAUCUUUGGAGAAGAUGAGCAGAAAGAAACAAAAUAGGCCUGAUAUCCACUUGGUUGAUUCAACGGGUGCAGGAGGUCUGCGGGGAGAGUUUGUAAUGUAAUGUGGGGGCUGCUUAAUUUUAAAUUGCAUCUUCGAGAUCCUGACAAGUAUUGCACUGAUUAUAGAUGGUAACCCCAUUAUUUGUCUUUGGCAUCAUGUGUAAAUUUUUUGCUGAUAUCUUAAGGGGUGCUAUUCAAAGAUAGCAAUUUGCUUGUGUCUCCUGUUUUGAUCAAAGGUUUUGGAGAAGGGUUGAGGGUGGAAAAAUAGUGACUAAAUUUGGAUGCAUUCUUUACUGUAAAAUGGAACAAUGUAAAAAUGCUGAAUUGAUAUUCCAUACUGUUCGUGAAAGUAUCUACUGCCAUUUGCUUUAACAUCAGCUGGAACAUUUAAAGGUUUAAAAUUUCAUUGCAUAAUUGACUAACUGUUUAUGAUGGAUUGAUUGUGUACAAUUGCAACUUCACAAUAAAGUUGUAUGUACCACCUGCCAUUUCUAAACAUAGGACCUUGAUUGUUAAUACUUGUAUUCACUAUGUUGCAAAUAGUUUGGGGUGCACUCUGUUGUAGCUGCUUUAAAUCUGAUAAACUCUGACAUACUUGGGUAAAUCGUGCUCUUAAAAUCUAACAUGGAUAAUAAAGCCUAUUUGGUCACAUGCAUCCCUUGCCUUGGGUUGCAACUAAAUGGAGCCCAGCUGUUUUAGCUAAAGUGGUAGUGAAUUCCUGGAUUCUAAACAAAGUCAUUUCCAAGUUGGAAAUGUGGCACUUGAUACAAUCUUCAGCAAGUGGUAGGUUUGGCAGACCAAGUCAGAAGAGCUUAGUUGAUGCACGGCAUUUGGAGAUGGUAUAGGUUAUCAUUUAUGAUAAAGAUCAGGCUAAUGAAGGGUCUCGACCCGAAACGUCACCUAUUAUCUCCAGGUUGCUGCCGAGUCACUCCAGCAUUUUGCGCCUGUCUUUGGUGUAACCUGUAGUACCUUCUUACACAUCAUGAUCAAGAUAUUUGUCAGAGGAACUAAGUGCUUAAACAUAAAUGGAAGAGUGGGCUUUGAGCCUGGAUAAUUGUGGUUGGUGUUCUACCUGUCAUUCUGCAAGUUUAAACAAGUCUGUAAUCUCUUACUUUUUUCCACAAUGAGAUGGGAAAUCAGUACAGUAACUGAAGAUAUUUUGAUUUGGGAAAAUAUCCUUGUACAGUUCUGGGGUUGAAAUUACCAAUUGAUUUUCAGAACAAGGUGUAGAUCCAGACAGUUCAUGAAAUGUUAUGCUUAAUUUUCAUUGACCUAAGUUUAUUAAAGCUCCUCGUUACUGCACUUGUACUGCCA